AGUCAGCUGCACGAGGUGCUGAGAGGCGCCGAGUCUGAGCUGUCGGUGCGGUGGUCAGCGCGAUGCCCAAGGCUAAGGGGAAGACCCGGAGGCAGAAGUUCGGUUACAAUGUUAACCGCAAGCGUCUGAACCGGAAUGCUCGACGGAAGGCAGCGCCGCGGAUCGAGUGCUCCCACAUCCGACAUGCCUGGGACCACGCCAAAUCGGUGCGGCAGAACCUGGCCGAGAUGGGGUUGGCCAUGGACCCCAACAAGGCGGUGCCCCUCCGUAAGAGAAAGGUGAAGGCCAUGGAGGUGGACGUAGAGGAGAGGCCUAAGGAGCUUGUGCGGAAACCCUAUGUGCUAAAUGACCUGGAGGCAGAAGCCAGCCUCCCAGAAAAGAAAGGAAAUACGCUGUCUCGAGACCUCAUUGACUAUGUACGCUACAUGGUGGAGAACCAUGGGGAGGACUAUAAGGCUAUGGCCCGGGAUGAGAAGAAUUACUAUCAAGAUACGCCGAAACAGAUUCGGAAUAAGAUCAACGUCUAUAAACGGUUUUACCCAGCAGAGUGGCAAGCCUUUCUCGAUUCUUUGCAGAAGAAUAAAAUGGAGGCUGAGUGACUGGUUUACGCCUGCCCCAGGCUGAGGCCUCCUCCUGGACCAGAGAAGCUGGAGCCAGGGUUUAAGGCAAGGAGGCAUGUGUGGCUACAGAUGAGGCUGGCCAAACCCCAUGGAGUCAAAAGGUUAUACACACACACACUCUCUCAUACUCCCCUCUCUGGGGAAGGAACUGUCUCGCAGAGGCUCCAGUUUAUAUUCUGGGGGCUCUGGGAAAAGCCAGAACCUGCUAUUUCCAGAGUGGAUGGUUUGUGUGAAUGUAGUUUGUACAUAAUAAAACAAAGCUAUUUUACUUCUCUGA